CCGCCAUUAAAUAAAGAAGAAGAAAAAGAAGCAGUUGUUCCAGUUCUGCAGGGCUUUUCCAAACCGUCUCUGAUUAUACUCAAAGAUCCUUUAUACUGUUAUACUGUCGAGAACGACAGAAAUAGAAGAAUACUGGGAGCAAAGCGAUAAAGUAUGUGGACACACACUGAGUGAUCACUCUAAAUCGAGGAAACACAGAGGGACUGUGUCCACAGUGAGGGACAGUGAGACAGCAUAGACAGGAUGAGUGAAGCCUCUGGGGACCCGGGCACGCUCUGCCUCUUUGAUGUAGACGGCACGCUCACGGCCGCGAGACAGCGUGUGACUCCAUCCAUUGCGGAGUUCCUUCAGAAGCUCAGGACUAAGGUUCGAGUCGGAGUGGUAGGAGGGUCGGACCUUAGUAAGAUCAAAGAGCAGCUGGGAGAUGAUGUGAUCCAGAAAAUGGACUACGUUUUUGCUGAGAAUGGUCUUGUGGCCUAUAAAAAUGGACAGUUACUCUCUGUCCAGUCCAUCCAGGCCCACAUGGGUGAAGAGCUACUCCAAGAUUUCAUUAACUUCUGUCUCAACUACAUGGCCAAGAUCAAACUGCCCAAGAAAAGGGGGACAUUCAUUGAAUUCCGUAACGGCAUGUUGAACAUCUCCCCUAUUGGACGCAGCUGUACACAGGAAGAAAGGAAGGAGUUCUAUGAGCUAGAUCAGAAAGAGAAAAUCAGAGAGAAGUUUGUGUCCAUAUUAAAGGAAGAGUUCAAAGGAAAGGGAUUGUCAUUUUCAAUUGGAGGGCAAAUUAGUAUUGAUGUGUUUCCUGAUGGUUGGGAUAAGAGAUUCUGUCUGGGGUUUGCUGAGAAGGACAACUACUCAACCAUUCACUUCUUUGGAGACAAGACCAAACCUGGAGGAAACGACUAUGAGAUCUACUGUGACCCACGGACCACGGGCCAUGAAGUCUCCUGUCCAGAGGAAACGCAACAACUUUGUCAGCAGCUUUUCUUCUCAUGAGAGAGAAACAGCAACUGUUACUGUAUGCUGACAUUGUUUUUACAAAACAGACAAGAGGGACUUAUAGUAGGGGUCUUAUUUAUCGGUUUAAAACAUAUCUAGAGAUUGAACUACAAAAAAAAUUAAUUUAUGCGGAAAGAGCCAGCGUCAUAGUGUUGUUGACAUUACCAAAGGGUAAUGUCAAGGGUGGAGAGGGAACACUUACUGACUAAUAAUAGAAGAGGGAUUUCUGGGUAUUUUGGUUGCGUUUUGAAUGAGAGAUGAAAUGGCUUUGAAUGUGAUUUAAUGUUUUUUAAUGGUCAUUUUGAUUCUGGCUGUAUUAUCAACAUUAUCUCAUGGUAAACCUUAAACUAAAACAAUUGCCAAUUAAAUGUGUCCAUUUGCAGUUUCAAACGUUGUGGCUGUAGCAAUGACGUCUUCCUUUUUGCAUUUUAUGUUGAAGUCUUUUAUUGGGUUCUUUGCUCAGCCAUGUUUAGUAUCAUUCUAUCUAAACAAACUGUAACCAUAACCACAUCCCUUGCUGUGUGCUAUACGAUUUUUCUCCUAGAUGUUAUAAAACAAGAAGUCAUGGUCAUCAGUAGACAUUAGGAACAUUAGUGUAUCUAUUUUUUGUGGCCCCUAUGGUACCUCAUAAAAUCUUUUGGAGAAUGUAUCUGAAAAAUAUAGCUUUGUACGAUUGUGUGACGUUCCCAAUACAUGACACUUGAACUUGAAUGUAGUAUCAACUUACAAAACACAAAAUUCUGCUGUAAAAGAUGUGAUCUGUGGGAAAUAAUAAAGCAUAUAAAGUAAAAAAGAAAAAUCUAAAAUGUAUAAUAUGAGGAUUAGUUAGUUAGAUUAGAAAGUGUUAUUUUGAAUUUUUUUUUGUACAUUACACAUACAUUACUGAACACAGUCACAUCAAUUUGUGAGUAUUAAAUUGAAAAAAAGAAGAAAAUAAAGGAAACCGGGCCUGUGAGGAAAGGUGUGGAUAGCCACAAAAAUAAAAUGUAUACAUUUCAAGUAACUCCUUUAUCCACUAAUGAGUCCAAGCUGUAAGCCAAUGUCCUUAUGUUUUGUUUAAAGAACGUCCACUUCUGCCAUCUUUUGGCAUACAAAUUUCUCCUCAAACCUAGCACAGAAGUCAACCUUUCUAUUGUCCUUAUUUCUUGUAUCAAACCAUUGUUGCCAUUUGAGUUCCACACAUUCAUACAUCUGAUGGAAUUUCCAUUUUUAAUUCCUUUUCCCACCUUGAUUUCAGAUAUAAUGUUGAGUUGCCCCUACAUUCCAUAAUACUUUCAUAAAACAGAAAUUACUUUAAUGUAUUUACUAUUUGACCUAUAAGCAUUCAUCAUAUCUUUUAUAACUGGAUAGAAUUCUUGCGAGUUCUCCAUUUUCAAUUCUUUGUUGUAGUAAUCUCUAAAUUGUAUGUACCUAAAUAAAUCCCGAUUGUGAAGGGAACAUUGUUCUUUUAAUGUUUGGAAAGUCUGUAAUUCCUUGUCUAUUAUUGUACACACUGCCUUAAGUUCCUUUUACUGCCCAUUGCUUGAAUAUGGCAUCAUUUCCUGGCUUUAACUGGGUGGUAAAGGCUAUCCAUCUAAGUACUUUCUGGUCUUUCCUUAGUUUGAGCUGCCUGACAAAGUUAAACCAGAACUCUAGUGCACCAGAAGUUAUAGAGUCUACUUUACAUCUCUUUAAUAAAUUGGGGAAUCUCUGUA